GGCGAGCGCAGGUCGGUACCCAACGGCACUUUCGCUGCGUUGGUUAGUGCCCCGCCUGCACUGCCCGCGGUGCGAGAAAGUGAAAUGCACACGGCCGCCGCACACUGGGCCAAGGUGAGCCUAACUGGGCCGAAGCGCAUACGGGUUGACAUAAUACUAUCAAUCUGGGCCUUGUGCGUGAUAAGCGCGCUCCCAGGUGACAUUCGCACGCACGAUUCCGGGUCAUAUUAUUCGGUAGUGUGAUCGGUCGCGGCGGCGCGUAUAUAAGUAUAGCAAUGCGCGACUCCCUUCAAAACCGACACCGACCGCACAACGACGACGAGAUGUACGCGCUCGUCACGAAGAUAGCGAUUAUCGCGCUGGUGGGCGGCGGAGGUAAUGGAGACGGUGUGAUGGGCGCGAGUAAUUACCGCUCGGGCGGUCAUCCGAAAUUCCCGCUCGGCGUACCGGGUCCCGCGUGUGGGUCGCGCCCGGUAGCGUGGAGUCCGCAGCGCGAACCGCGAAUCAUCGGCGGUGAGGUGCCGCCUUACGGCGCCGUACCCUGGCAGGUAGACGUGCGUGCUGAGGGCAAGCAUCGCUGUGGUGGUACAAUUGUCUCGCACCGUCUCGUUCUGACGGCGGCACACUGUGUUACCGAAGAGAUGGUGGUGAGCACUGGUCGGCAUGAUCAAGCCGCCCCCUACGAGCAGCUUCUUCAUGUGUUAAAGGCAGUGUCUCACGAAGAUUUCCGCAAGUACGGCCCGUAUAGUAACGAUAUUGCGUUGCUUUUGCUGGACGCACCCGGUUUUGGAUACAACCCGGUGGUGCAGCCGGCUUGUUUAACGACGAAGACGCCGCGACCUGGAACCUGGUGUGAAGUGUCCGGUUGGGGCACAGUCGACCCACUAGAUCCCGAGCGCUUAUCGCCGGUCCUGCGAUCGGCGGCGGUGCCACUUCUUUCGCUGGAUCUGUGUCGCAAGGAUGGGAUCUAUGGCGGCCGCCAGCAAGCUAUUCUGGAUACAAUGCUCUGCGCAGGCAGGCUAAAGGGUGGCGUGGAUGCGUGUGGAGGAGAUUCCGGAGGUCCACUGGUAUGCAACGUUGAUGGACGUAUGGAGUUGACAGGAAUUGUAUCUUGGGGCGAUGGGUGCGCAAAAAAGGAUCGCCCAGGUGUUUACACUAGAAUAUCUAGUUAUAUUUCAUGGAUUAAAGCAGCCGCCGCGGAGAUGGGGAUGGAUGCUGAGUUAGAAUAACACCGAGACAUUUUCAUUCAAAUUCAGCUUUUUAAAGAAACAAAAUUUAAUGCAUGUUUAUCAUUUUUAAUUUAUCGAAAAUUCAUGAUAAACAAAACUUAUGCGCGGACUGCAUGUAAACGUCAUAACAGUUGUUUCUGGUGCCGUUCAAUAGUCAUUCAUCUGUGAAUUUAUGAGAACAAAGACAGUUGCGAAAGGAUGAUGAUCUAAACAAACCUAUUAUUGUGAUAAUCAAAAUUUAAUUUAGCUUUAAAUUUACUAGAUAGAAUAAA